AUGGCGCCCGGGAACCUCAUCCUCCGCCUACUCGUCGUCUUCUUGAUCCAGAUGCACUUCUCGAGGGUGGUGCUGGAGACCGAGGGCAGGGACCUGACGGAUGUGUUCACGACUUCUGCCGGGCCUUUCGGGGACUUCGGAGGAGGCGCGCUGGCACGCGGCGAGCCGUCCGCCGAGGCAUGCAUCCCCGUGGAGGACAUCCUGAUCGGUGCCGACAUCGACUUCCAGAGCGGGGCGCACCUGCUCAUGCUCGGUGGGCUCGAGUCCGUCCAGCGAGAAGGAGGGGACGAUAUUGGCGUGUUCGCGGGCACUUCCGCUGGGGCCAUAGUGGCGUACGUCGGCGCCCUGAAGACGGUGCGCGCGCAUGAUGUCCUAAACUACAUCGUCGACAACCCUCCGUACAAGCUCAGGUCCCUCAAUAUCAACAACCUGCUCACUCGCUUCGGCCUGGAUGACGGGGAAAAACUAUUCUCCUACCUGGCGACGAUGUUCGACAGCCUAGCGGCGGGGUCCAGCCAUAUGACAUUUCGACAGCUCCGAGCUCGAACCGGCAACGUCCUCCGUGUCGCCGCCGUGUGCACAACGACAUCGAGCUUGGAUAUAUUCGAUUGCGAAAGGUCGCCCGAGUGCGUCGUGAUGGACGCCAUCAGGGCCUCUUGCUGCGUACCCCUUUAUUUCACUCCGCACCGUAUCGGGGGCCGCCUCUACGUCGACGGGGGUCUGCUGGCAUACUACCCGCACUCUCUGCUCGACGACCUUCCGGAGGAGCAACGCCUGGCCGUUUUCGUGGGCGUGACGGACGCCGGGCCGGAGAGCACGGGGGGCGGCUUCGAUGAUCUGGCAGCUCACGUGUACAAACUCUCCCGGAUCGCGUGCACCGCCAAAGAGCUCGAGGCGAUCUCGAACGUCGGCUGGAUCCUGGUGCUGCCGCCAGACGCACGCUGCGGGGGAAAGCUCAGCCUUCACCCCGAUCCUGAGCCGCUCCGCGCCGCUUUCAGCGAGGCGCUCGAAGCGACGUCCGCCUUCAUACACGAACGGUGGGGCGCGCCGAAGACGAAGCGCGAUUGA